CUUGUUAACAAUUCAGGAUUUAAUCUCUAUGAGUUUAUUUCUUAUGAAUGUUUAAUAUUGUACCAUCUAUACUUAUAAAAGUAUAAAUUUAUUAAGAUUCAGGAUUUAAGUUCUGUGAGUUUAUUUUUGUGAAUGUUUUUUUUUUGUUUCCCAUCCGAUGUCUGGUGUCCGCAUUGGAGCCCCGACUAAUUCAGAUCGCGCAUUGCAGGGCCCAUUAAGGUGGCAGCGCUCCUAACAGAGUUUUUUUCAUACUCAAAGUCGAACCCUCGACCUGGCUCUUAAUAUUGUACCAGCUAUACUUGUAAAAAAGAUGUCAUCGUCAUAUGAAGGGAGAUACAAUUUGUAUAGCCAAGGUAGUAGUGGAUGGACAUCAAUGAGGCAUGAAGAAUUUCAAGAAGAAGAAAUAUGGGGUAAUUUUAUCAAUGAAAGACGCGAAUCAGGUUCAAAUUCCAGCAGAAACAAAGAGCCGUCAUCACAUUUCAGUCCUAGGAGGCUGCCCAGUGCAGCCAAAAUGAUCCCAAGAUCGAACAAGAGUUCGAAUCAUGAAGCUAAAAUAACUCAGUACUCAGCUCCAGUAAACAUACCUGAUUGGUCAAAAAUUUAUGGUACAAGUGCGAAAAAAGCCUCGUGGGGGUACAAGGAAAAUGGUGGUGAUGGUUCUGAUGGUGGUGGACAUAAUGUGGUAAGAAAUAGUACCGUAUUUGAUGAGGAUGAGGACGAGGACGACGAUGAUGAUGAAGAUGAAAUGAUGCCUCCACAUGAAUGGAUUGCUACAAAACUUGAGAGAAGUAAAAUAACUUCUUUCUCUGUAUGUGAAGGUGUUGGAAGAACACUAAAAGGGAGAGAUUUAAGCAGGGUGAGAAAUGCAAUACUAAGCAAAACAGGGUUCCUUGAAUAGCAUUACAUGGGGUGGGGGUGGGAGUGGGGGUGGGGGUGGGGGGUUCGAUAGUAAGGAUUCAUAUAGUCAUCGCUGUGUUUAUUAGAACUGAGACGUAGUUGUUGUUAUGGUAUUAUAGUGGCGUAGAUGAUGUAGUGAUGAUUGAUGAUCGUAAGGCAUCGAUCAAUGUUAAGAUUUGCUAAGUAUGAGAGGAACCGUUGAUUCACACAAUUGGUCAUCACGAUUAGUUGAAAAGCUAGUGACGCGAAGCUACCGUAUGCUGGAUUAUUCGAUAGUAGUAUUUGGUUAGUAUUGGAAUUAUUGUUAAAAUUUGGGUCCCUAGUGCAAUUUCUUGGUGUGAGUACAAAUGUAAAAAAGUUGCUGCUCCUCUGUUAAUGUAGUUUUAGUAUUGUGAUUAUAUUGUUGGAUGUGAGUGGGAGAUUAAAUCCUGGAUCCGUUACUGUUUAAAAUGAACGGUGGAUCAAUGUAGAUACUAUCGUUCAUCAAAACUUUAUGUAUUUGUACAAAAAAUAAGUAUGCCUAAAUGUUAGUCAUUUUUUAA